AUGACUGCAGCCCUUCCCUCAGAAGAGGCUUCACCCCUGCAACUUUCCCCGCUCUGUGUAACUAGCGGCGGAGUGAGAUUGACAUGUCUUUCUCCCAAGGUGGUCUUCUCUAAAAACCACAGCAAAAUGAUCAUCUGCAAGUCGAGCCCACAGAAAGCAGGAGGGAGAGGCAGCAUCCACACCUGCAACAUCCACACCUGCAGCAUACACAUCCGGAGCAUCCACACCUGCAGCAUUUACACCUGCAACAUCCACACCUUCAACAUCCAUACUUGCAACAUCCACACCUGCAGCAUUUACACCUGCAACAUCCAUACCUGCAACAUCCACACCUGCAACAUCCACACCUGCAAUAUCCACACCUGUAACAUCCACACCUGCAACAUCCACACCUGCAGCAUUUACACCUGCAACAUCCACACCUGCAGCAUCCACACCUGCAGCAUCCACACCUGCAACAUCCACACCUACAGCAGUAGCAGCUGGCCCAUUGCCUCACUGAAGUGCAAUACUGUGAAUCCAACUCAGCUUCUAUUCUUUGGUUACCUUUUAAUUUUCAUUUUCUCCAGGUAG